UGCUCGAAUAAGAAACCAACUUCAGCCUCGUCACCUUAUUGCUUCCUAUAGUAUAUAAAACUUUUUACACUUUGUUGUUGUGAUCACACUAGGUUUAGAGGAUAACAUGCUCAGGCUAAUAUCCAGCUAAAAUAAGAUAAUUAUUAUAAAGGAUUGCAUGUGUACACAUAAAAACUACAAGUCCCAUGAUCCUUCAGUAGCGAAAGAACGAUUAUCACGUGAGCUCGUAUUUCUGAUUGGAGCGCAGGGCUGUCAAUCAUUGCGCAUGCGCACACCCCGCCAGUGUUACUACUAUGGACAAUCAGGCUAAGAACUAUCAUAUCGGACUGUGUGUUCUAUGUGGCCUUCCCGGAGCAGGGAAAUCCACGUUGGCUCGGCAGCUGAAGAGCAGACACAAUCCGUUCACAGUAGUCGUACUAUCCUAUGAUGACGUUAUGGCAGACGUUGCCUUUCGGGAAGAUUGCGCUGACGAAUAUCGCGAUGUUUCCUGCCAAUCCGAGAACCAGGGCGGAACAUAUGAAAUGUCUCUCUGGAAACAGCAUCGGCAGCAGCUCUUACAGUGCCUUGAGCAUCUUCUAUCAACCCUGAUCACUUCUGCAGCCCUAAAACCUCCAAGUGGGAAAAGAAAUGAAACCUGGGACCGAUUUAUUCAAUGCUUGGAAAGUCAAGGCUUCAUCUCUGCCCGAGAAGACCCUGGAUUUAGCUGUUUGUCUAUGGACAUGAAGUCCAGUCCUGUUUAUUUCGUACUGGAUGAUAAUUUCUACUAUCAGAGCAUGCGGUAUGAAGUGUUCCAGCUAGCUCGCAAGUAUUCUCUAGGAUUCUGUCAGUUGUAUUUGCACUGUCCUAUCGACUGCUGCUUACUACGGAACAACAAGAGGCAGAAUCGUGUGAUGGACAGAACGAUAAUCCUAAUGGACUCCAAACUGGAGAAGCCAAAUCCUGAGAAAAACCAGUGGGAGAAGGACAGCCUGUUCCUGGACAGCUCCAAUGGCAUCAAUAUGGAGGAAUUCAGUGCAAGAAUCGCCGGUUUUAUGAGUCAGGUCUUGGAGAAUCCAGUUAAGCCAAUUGAAGAUGACAGCCAGGAGAAG